AUGUAUCUCAUAAAGGUGCCAUGUUCGUCAGCCAACAUCGGGCCUGGCUUCGAUGUCAUCGGUCUGGCACUGUCCAUGUAUCUCGAGAUCCGGGUGAGCGUCGACACGUCGGCACGCGCAGAGCCAGCGACCAACCCGCUCAACUGCACCGUCAGCUACACGGGCGUGGGCGCCGAGGACAUUGACCUGGACCCGGAAAACAACCUGCUGACCCGGACGGCGCUGUACGUGCUGCGGUGCCACGGCCAGCACGAGUUCCCCGCGCAGACGCACGUGCACAUCCACAAUCCCAUCCCGCUGGGUCGCGGCCUGGGGUCCUCUGGUGCCGCCGUGGUCGGGGGCGUGCUGCUGGGCAACGUCGUCGGCAAGCUGGACCUGCCCAAGCCCCGGCUGCUGGAUUUCUGCCUCAUGGUCGAACGCCACCCGGACAACGUUGCCGCGGCCCUCUACGGCGGCUUCGUGGGGACCUAUCUCAACGAGCUCGACCCCGUCGACAUGGCCCGCAAGGAGGUCCCGCUCUCAGAAGUCCUGCCCGAACCCGCGGGGGGCAUCGACACGGGUCUCACACCCCCGAUCCCGCCCGAGAACAUUGGCCACUAUAGGAGGUUCAACUGGGCCAAGGAAAUCAAGGCCCUGGCAAUCAUCCCGGACUUUGAGGUGAGCACCGCCAAAGCCAGACAGGUGUUGCCCAAGGAGUACUCCAGGCAAGACAUGAUCUUCAACCUCCAACGCAUCGCCCUCCUGACCACCGUCCUCUCCGACUCCCCUCCGGAUCCCUCUUUGAUCUACUCGGCCAUGCAGGACAGGAUCCACCAGCCUUACCGUGCCGGUCUGAUCCCAGCCUUGCCGUCCAUACUAUCCUCCAUGAGCCCCCAGACACACCCGGGUCUGCUGGGCAUCUGUCUGUCUGGCGCCGGGCCAACGAUACUGGCUCUCGCGACCGACAACUUUGAGAACAUCGCCGGAGUCAUAAUCGGCAAGUUCGGCGACGAAGGCAUCACCUGUGAGUGGAAGGUCUUGGAGCCCGCCGAGGAUGGGGCCACCGUGCAGGAGAUGCCUGGGGACGUAUUGACGUAUCGGAAAGGGAUCAGCAAAGAUUGA